CGCAACCGUCGAUAGUAGAGACUAGCAGUAAAAUAUCGAUACUAUCGAUAGUGCCCUCGAUGGUUUGACACCUCUAGUAAGCCGGGAAAACGCUAAAAAAUUUGGACCAACAUGGCCAGCUUCAUGCUCUCUCUCGCCAUCAGUAUUUUCUGUGUUGCCUGUGUCUUGGGUGAACAGUUACCCAAUAUAUUGCUAAUCUUAACAGAUGAUCAGGAUGUGGAACUGCACGGAAUGUACCCGAUGUAUGAAACUAGCAAGCUUCUGGGACGAGCCGGAGCACAGUUCCACAAUGCCUUUACGCCGACGCCCAUUUGCUGUCCAGCCAGAGCAAGUGUUCUCACUGGACAAUACGCACACAAUCACAGAACCUUUAACAACUCUGUCAGUGGAGGCUGCAACGGCCCAAACUGGCUGGAUCGGUCGGAACCCCGGGCUUUGCCAGCUGUUCUUCAGAACCACGGCUACCGCACGUUCUUCGCUGGAAAAUAUCUAAACCAGUUUAGGGGGGCGAAGGUGCCGCCCGGUUGGAACGAGUUUCAUGGCUUGCACGGAAACUCCCGCUACUACAAUUACACGCUGCGCGAGAAUUCCCAGAAUGUCAGCUAUACAUCAACUUAUCUUACUGACCUGCUGCGCGAUCGCGCGGUUGACUUCCUACGCAGUGCCACUCGAAGCGACGAGCAGAGGCCAUUUUUUGCAAUGGUUGCCCCGCCAGCGCCGCAUGCCCCAUACACACCUGCACCACGUCAUCGGGGAGUAUUUUCCAAUACGAAAGCUCUGCGCACCCCCAGCUUCAAUAAUCCUACAGAGGAUAAGCAUUGGCUGGUUGGAUCGUCCGCACGUCUGGCGGAUGAAACUGUCGCCACCAUAGACAGAUAUUUUCAGGGGCGCUGGGAAUCGCUUCUGGCUGUCGACGAGUUGGUGGCCGCCUUGGUGGCGGUGCUAAGUGAGACGAAAGCCCUCGACGAUACCUACAUCAUAUACACCUCGGAUAAUGGGUAUCAUAUGGGGCAGUUCGCACAGCCGUUUGACAAGCGGCAGCCGUAUGAAACCGACAUUCACGUACCUCUGCUAAUGCGGGGUCCAGGCAUAGCAGCAGGAAGCCAUCUCCACGUAGCCGUCAGCUUGAUAGAUCUAGCUCCGACAGUUCUGGAUUGGGCCGGCAUAGCUGUUCCCCCCUACAUGGAUGGGCGGUCAAUUCGCGGGGAUCUGUUACAGGCGGGUCGGGCAGGCCGGGAUAUUACGCUACAUCCGCCAUACCGCCACUCGUUGCUGAUAGAGUAUUGGGGCGAGGGCAACGAUGACACCUACAACCCGUCCUGCCCUUGGGAACGCAGUGAUCGAUUAGCGGAAUGCACACCUGAAGCUGCCUGUCACUGCCAAGAUUCGUGGAACAACACAUUCGCCUGCCUGCGAGACUUUAAGUAUAAUGUCGAUCGCAUAUACUGUCAGUUUAAUGAUAACGAGCACUUUUCAGAGGCAUAUGACCUCUUGCAGGAUCCUUAUCAAAUGUUGAACAUUGUCUACGACCUGCUGCCGAUUGAACGUGCGAUCUAUAGGCUGCGGCUUCAGAACCUAACCAAAUGCUCUGGCCACUCGUGCUUAGUAUAGUCAAAGCUGAUGGGGAAAUUCCCAGUGCAACUUGUUAUUGCUUAUAGCCAAUGAACACAUUGCGGUGAGAUAGUUUAAUCUUGUUGAUCUGUUUGCUAUAAUCUCAAUGUCAAGGUGCAUCAUGCUACAAAAUUUCUCACUACUUGCAGUCGCAAGUAGCACCUAAGCCAAAUGCAACAACUAAAUACAUUUAUAGUAAAUAUAAUUUAUAUAUUAGACUGCAAGUUUAG